CUCGUAGCUUGCAGCUGUUGGGGCUGCGGUCGGCUCGUCCGACCACUGGCCGCGGCUCAUAGGGUCUUGGGCUUUCCGGCAGCGUUGGGCCCGGCAUGCCGUCCACCGAUAGAUUUGAGGCAUUUCUCCUCUCCAUGCACCCAUGGAGGCGGCAGCCUGAAGAUGCCCUUCAAGCAAUGGCCGAGACGUUGAAACUUCCUUCUGGGCAGGUCACGAAAGCAAAGCCAAAGGAAGGUCUGUGGAAAGAAGUCGAUGAAAAGCUGACGAAAGAGUCGCCUGAAGCAGCGCUGGCGUUGGCAGAAGAGGAACUUGCCAAAGCCAAGCAGGCUGGAAACAAGAAGGCGCAAGCAUUAGCGAUGUAUUUGGCCAUCCACGUGAAGGUCUACCAAGAAGAUCGCACCGCAAUCGAAAAGCUUCCCGCAAGCCUCAAGGAGGUCUCCACGCUCUACAAAGAGGCCGGGGAUGUCAUGGAAGAGGAAGAUGUAAUGAAGGACAUCUUGGAGUUUCACCUUGCAAACUCCCAACGGGAUGCAGCAGCAAAAACUGAGGAGGAAAUUCGUGAUCGUGUCCGCUCUAGCAAGAAAGAGGAGGCACCGUGCCUGCUCCGAGUGGCGGCAGUGUUUUAUUCCAUGGGUGCUAUGGAGGGUGCCAGAACGCUGGUUGAAGAGGCUGUGGCUGGAUUCUCCAGCUUGGGUGACCAGGCAGGGCAGGUGAAGUCUCUUCGCUCAUUGGCGGUGCUGUACCUGUCGCAGCAAAAGUUCAAUGACGCCCUCACAGCUUUGGAAAAAGCACUCAUCGGGACCGCAGUGGAGAAGGCCAACAUUUGCUACGCGCAGUCGCAGAUCUAUGCGGCCAUGGGUGGCAGCAAAGGCGUUAGCAGCGCCAUUGAGUCCAUGCAGAAAGCCAGAAGCUUCAUGCAAGAAGGCAAGAACCAGGAUGGCGAGCUUGAAUGCUUGCAGAUCAUCUCCGAGUUGCAGCUGAGCUCACAGAAAGGUGACUCCGCGUUGGCCACUGGACAAGAAGCCCUAGCUGUCACGCAGGCCAGUGGCAACAAAUCCAAGGAGGCGGCUGCUUUGCUACGCUUGGUCUCGGCUUGUUUGUCUUCACAGAACGAAGCUGAAGCUCUGAAGUAUGCGGAGAUGGCUGAGAUGAAGGCAAAGGAAGCUGACGACAUUGAGAAGGAAGCCCAAGCCACCUCCAAUGUGGCAGAGAUCCUGUUGCGCAGGGGUGACAAAGUGGGUGCCAUCAAGAGGUCCAAAGAGCAGCUGGCCAGAUGUGUUGAAAGGAAGCACUCUGCUGGACAAGCAUCAGCCAUGGUGGUCCUGGGCCAAGCUUUGCUGGCUGAAAACCAAGCAAGUGCUGAAGGGAUGCGCUACCUGCAGGCCGCCUUGGGAAUCUACAAGGAGUCUGAUGACUUCGUUGGAUUGUAUUCUGCACACUUUGCGCUGGCCAACGGCUACUUCACCCGUGGCGACCUGGAAGAUGGUCUGUGCCAUGCUCGAGAGGUGUUGAGCUGCUGCCGCCGCAGUGGCGACAAGGUCAACGAGGAGCUUGUGAAGGCAAACAUCGAGCGCGCGCGGCAGAUGACUGCACAGCUGCGGAUGACAACUCCCAAGAGGCCCAGCAUUGAGAAUUCAGGUAUUCUCUUGUCUCCUGCUGGGCCUCAAGCAUGCCAUCUUAGACAUAGUCGUGUUCCCGGCUCUUUGCUGGAUAUUGUGGCCUCCGGCAGAAACUACUGGGGUACGCCAAGGACAGUAGUAGAUGCUGCUUCUGAAGCGGAUGAGAGACCACCUUCUCAAUGUGUGAUCUUUGGAGCUGCUAUGUCCGAGAACUGCACGACGCAGAUGUGCCUGGAGCUGAUGGACCUCAUUGGUGCCAUGGCCAAGGGCGAUAUUCCGAAAGUUCCUGUGAUCGUUCAGACAAGGGGUGUUUAUGGACGUCUUUGCGGUGACAUUACCUAUGGAAGCAUGACUAGUGUCGCUGCAGUCACACUUUGGGGCCUCAUUCGAACAGCUCGUUUGGAGAUGCCAAAGGUCCCAAUCCUGACGUUGGACUUCCAGCCCACCAUGACUGUUGCACAGAUCAGCAGGCAGCUCAAGCCGGCCACGGGUGUUGCAGAGACUGCGUAUUACAACAAGAGUAGAUGGGAGCCGCAGCUGGCCGCGGUGCCAUCCCUGCUCCGACGAGACUUGAAAAAGGACACUCUGAGCGUUGGAGGUGCGAUCCCUCCAGGUGAUGAGAGGAAGGCCAAAGCCGAGGCGGCCACGAAGUUUGCACGAAAGGCCUUCACUUGGACAGGUCCCACCAGCAAGAUGGACUACUGCUGGUACCGGCAAGAGUGGCGAAACGUUGGACCUGCUGAGGGAGAAAUCAUUGCCCGGGAUCCUUUGAUUCCUGUGCGUUCCCUGCGGCAAUACUGAGCGUAGCCCAAGCGGCAAAAAAAUCUGACUUCAGGCGGAGUAUGCAGAGAAGAAAGUGUGGGCUUAGCUGGAUGCUACACUUAGUGGAGCUCCUGGGACAGCCGCAGUGACCAAGUGACCAAGUGACACGACAGUUGAUGCUUCGCCAUGGGGUGAACUGUCCGAGAUGUUUAGCGGCAGGUCGGCUGAAUGUUUCAUUGAUCAGACAACAACAAUGCAGGGUUUCUCGAUGUCGAAAGCGGUGAGGUGCUUUCGAUAUCGACAGAGCUGCUU